CACUAAACACUACUAGUAGAUAAUAUUUUUAAAACGUUAACACUUAUCUCUAAAGUUAUUUUCGUAUGGACCAUUGUACUUUUUAAUCACAUAAGUAAUGAAAAUGGAUUACGGAGUAAUAAAUAAGUUUUCUAACCUAGGCUAUUUACCAUAUUUGAAUCCUACUAUAAUCAGGAUUCCACCUUUUAAAUACCUGUUUCAUUUGUGCGAAAAAAAAAAGACGCCUGGAACCGUUUCCGCAGAGAAACGAGAUAUGAGUCCCCUAUUGGAAGAGGCAGAAGCUAAACCGGACGGGGUGAAGAAGCCGGUAUUCCUCACGAAAGCUCAGAGAGAACAAUUAGCUCUCCAGCGCCGCCGGGAAGAAAUUGCCGAGCAGAACCGCCGCGCCGCCGAUCGCCCUUCCAGCGAAGCAGCCUCGUCGUCUAGAGACCAUGAUAGGUCUUAUUUCGAUCCCGAUCGCGACCGUGACAGGGAUUACACCCGCUCUUCCCGUGAUAAGGAUCGUGAGAGGGAUAGAGAGCGUCGGAAGCGUGGGAGGGAGACGGAGGAUGGCGGCAAGGAACAAGAGCGUGUUCGAUCGGAGAAAUCAGCCGAUCGAGCGCGGGAGAAGGAGCUCGAAGCCAUAAAGGAGCAGUACCUGGGAUCUAAGAAACCUAAGAAGCGAGUCAUUAAACCUAGUGAGAAGUUUCGAUUUUCAUUCGAUUGGGAGAACACGGAGAACACCUCCCGUGAUAUGAACUCGCUCUAUCAAAACCCUCAUGAGGCUAGAUUGCUAUUUGGCCGUGGUCUUCGAGCCGGGAUGGACCGGAGGGAACAGAAGAAGCUGGCUGCUAAGAAUGAGAGGGAGAUUCGAGAAGACGUCCAGAUGAAGGAUGGGACUGAGGAGACACCGGUCGAAGCAGCCGCUCUGAGGAAAAAAGAGGAAGCAGCUGAUUCGUACGACGCCUUUGACAUGAGGGUGGAUCGCCAUUGGUCCGAGAAGAAGCUUGAAGAAAUGACCGAGAGAGAUUGGAGGAUCUUUAGGGAGGAUUUCAACAUCUCCUACAAAGGUUCAAAGAUUCCCCGCCCCAUGAGGAGCUGGACAGAGAGCAAGCUGAUCCCGGAGCUGCUCAAGGCUGUCGACAGGGCUGGGUACAAGACCCCAUCUCCCAUUCAAAUGGCUGCAAUUCCGCUCGGACUCCAACAGAGGGAUGUGAUUGGUGUAGCUGAAACAGGUUCUGGUAAAACUGCCGCGUUUGUUCUCCCUAUGUUGUCUUAUAUCUCAAGGCUUCCCCCCAUGAGUGAAGAAAAUGCUGCAGAGGGACCGUACGCUGUUGUUAUGGCUCCCACGCGAGAGCUAGCCCAACAGAUAGAGGACGAGACUGUUAAGUUUGCGCACUAUUUGGGCAUCAAAGUCGUUUCCAUUGUUGGUGGGCACUCCAUUGAAGAGCAGGGUUUGAGGUUUAGACAGGGUUGUGAGGUUAUCAUUGCUACCCCUAAUCGACUCAUUGAUUGCCUAGAGAGACGAUAUUGUGUUCUCAACCAGUGCAAUUAUGUUGUGCUUGAUGAGGCCGAUCGCAUGAUUGAUUUGGGAUUUGAACCACAAGUUGUUGGUGUGCUGGAAGUCAUGCCGUCUAGCAACUUGAAACCAGAGAACGCGGAUGAAGAGCUUGAUGAGAAGAGGAUCUAUAGAACCACAUAUAUGUUCAGUGCCACCAUGCCAACUUCUGUAGAACGGCUCGCAAGAAAGUACCUGAGGAACCCUCAUUACCCAGCAUGUUAUAAUGGUUAAGGAAUCUGAGAAGACUUACAGGUUGCAGAAACUACUGGAUGAACUUUCCGACAAGACAGCAAUUGUGUUUGUCAAUACCAAGAAACAAGCUGAUUUUGUUUCUAAGACAUUGGACAAGGCAGGGUACAGAGUGACCACAUUGCAUGGUGGCAAGUCACAGGAACAAAGGGAAAUCAGCCUGGAAGGCUUUCGGACAAAGAGGUAUACCGUGUUGGUUGCAACGGAUGUUGCAGCCCGGGGGAUUGAUAUACCGGAUGUAGCACAUGUGGUUAAUUAUGACAUGCCGAAUAGUAUUGAGGGAUACACACAUCGUAUUGGGCGAACCGGGCGUGCUGGCAAGACUG